AUGUUUGGAGCGGGGGCAGCUCACACUGAUAGGGGGAACGAGGACACGCAUAAGGGGAAAAACAAAGCCAAGAUGGCCCUUAUUGAGGAAACUUCAGUGAAGGUGGCGUUGGAAACUGAAGCAUCACCUGAUGUGCCUGAGGGUAAGACUGACUACCCCUUCACGGCCAGUAACAGUAUCUACACUGCCAUUUUGAGCAGAAACGAGGCCGUCAAAGAUGCCAAGCGCCUGAAGAACUUCUUGGAGUUGCGAGACAAAUACGUACACAAGAAAGUCCUGUUUGAAGACCCUCUGUUCCCACCCAAUGAUUCCUCUCUUUGGUACAGCAGCAAAUUUCCCAUUGAAUUUGAGUGGAAGCGCCCAACGGAAAUCUGUGACAACCCCCAGUUCAUCAUAGACGGAGCUAGUAGGACAGACAUCUGUCAAGGAGAGCUGGGUGACUGCUGGCUGCUUGCUGCUAUUGCUUGUCUGACACUGAAUGACAAGCUGCUGUACAGAGUUAUCCCACCAGACCAGAGUUUCACAGAGAACUACGCUGGUAUCUUCCAUUUCCAGUUCUGGCGUUAUGGCGAAUGGGUGGACGUCGUGGUGGACGAUCGUAUCCCCACCUCCAAUAACCAGCUGGUGUUCACCAAGUCCUUCAGGAAGAACGAGUUCUGGAGCGCUCUGCUGGAGAAGGCUUAUGCCAAGUUGCACGGUUCCUACGAGGCCCUGAAAGGUGGCAACACCCUGGAGGCCAUGGAGGACUUCACUGGGGGUGUGACAGAGUUCUUUGAGAUGUCCGAGGCUCCAAAAGAACUCUACAAGAUCAUGAAGAAAGCCCUGGAGAGAGGCUCUCUGAUGGGCUGUUCCAUAGACGCCUUGCUGCCGAGUCACUGCGAGACUGAAACUGCGAAUGGACUGGUCAGAGGCCACGCCUACUCUAUCACUGCACUAGAGGAGUGUGACAAGCUUAAGGUUACCAAGGAUACCAAGAUUCGCCUAGUUCAAAUGCGGAACCCCUGGGGGAUGGUGCUAUGGAAAGGGCCGUGGAAUGCAAAGUCCAAAGAAUGGUCCACCAUCUCCAGCUCAGACAAGGCCAGGCUGAAGAAGAAGACGGUUGAGACGAGCGAGACUUGGAUAUCCUUUGAGGACUUCAAAAAGAACUUCACCAAGCUGGAAAUCUGUAACCUGACCCCUGACACACUUCUGGACGACAAGUCCCAUAGCUGGACGGUGGCGGUCAACGAGGGCCGCUGGGUACGAGGCAGCUCCGCCGGGGGCUGCAGGAACUUCCCAGACACGUUCUGGACCAACCCGCAGUACCGCAUGCGUCUGUACGAGGAGGACGAUGACCCCGACGACCCCGAGCAUGUGGCGUGCACCGUCAUGGUGGCCCUGAUGCAGAAGGGCCGGAGGAAAGACCGCAGCAAGGGUGCCAAGCUUUACACCAUCGGAUUCUCCAUCUACGAGGUGCCCAAAGAGAUGAUUGGGAGCCAGCAGCACCUGCAGAAAGACUUCUUCCUUUACAAUGCCUCCAAUGCCAAAUGCAAGUCCUACAUCAACCUGCGUGAGGUGAGCGAGCGAUUCUGCCUGCCCCCCGGGGAGUACGUGAUCAUCCCUUCAACCUUUGACCCCCACGAGGAGGGAGAGUUUAUCCUUAGAGUCUUCUCCGAGAAGAACAGCACCUCAGAGGAAACCGAAAAUACAAUUAGGUCAGACCACAUAGAGCAAGGCAAAAACAGGACAAAGAAAGGAAAGCCCAUCGUGUUUGUAUCAGACAGAGCGAAGGCCAACAAGGAGAUUGAGCAAGAUGACAUCGAGGUUCAGAAGGAGAAGAAAGAGAAAGUCAAGCCAAAACCACAGCAACCGGAUGAGGAGAGCGGAGAACACAAAAUGUUCAGGGCCAUUUACCAGCAGAUUGCUGGGGAGGACAUGCAGAUCUGUGCCAACGAGCUCAAGGUGGUCAUGAAAAGGGUACUGGAAAAACAUAAUGACAUGAAGACGGACGGCUUCAGCUUAGAGAGUUGCCGGAGCAUGAUCGCUUUGAUGGAUACUGACGGCACAGGAAAACUGAACCUGCAGGAGUUCAAACACCUGUGGAGUAAGAUCAAAGCGUGGCAGCUGAUCUUCAAGAAGUAUGACAAGGACAAAUCCAGCACCAUCAGCAGCUUUGAGAUGAGGAAUGCAGUCAAUGACGCAGGGUUCCGCUUAAACAACCAGCUGUAUGACAUCAUCACGAUGCGCUACGCUGACGAGCACCUCAACAUCGACUUUGACAGCUUCAUCUGCUGCUUCGUCAGGCUAGAAGGCAUGUUCAGGACGUUCCAUGCCUUUGACAAAAACGGAGACGGCACAAUCAAGCUCAACGUCCUCGAGUGGCUCCAGUUGACCAUGUAUGCUUAGAUCACCCAGCCAUCAGAGGAGUCCUGCUCUCUGGUGUACCCUCAGUCAUGCUUCUACCAACAUCGCUAAGAUCACCCAGCCAUCAGAGAAGUCCUGCUCUCUGGUCUACCUUCAGCCAUGCUUCUACCAACAUUGCUUAGAUCACCCAGUCAUCAGAGGAGUCCUGCUCUCUGGUCUACCCUCAGCCAUGCUUCUACCAACAUCGCCUUCCUCUACCUCAGCCAAUUCCCCAUGUUCUCUUUCUGACAAGACAUUGCCAUUACUCUCAUUCUAGCAUAGAAAACAAAUUAAAUGCAAUGGUGAUAUUUUCUGCAGUCACGCUGCACAAAUGAUAUUUCUCACAACGCCAAGAGAAGUGUGUAAUGUCUCAAGAAAGUACAUUAACACGAUGUAGCGAUCUUCUAAGACACACAGGUUGGCUGGAGAGAAAGACCACCUGGAAUGUCAACUUUGACUGGUGAGAGGUAGCACCCUGGCAGCAUAGC